AUGAAACAGCAGCACUGGUGUGGGAUGACUGCCAAAACUGGCUCGGUGUUGUCAGGGGCCUUCACCAUCAUGGUCACAAGUAUGUACCUCGUCUUUGAACAGAAGUACCUAGGCCAUGGCAAUUGCACUGAUGUCAAACUGUGGAACAAGAGUACAAGUGGCGUGAUAAAUGACUAUAUCAGCUGCUGGAGUUGGAACAUCGUCCUUCUUCUGUCUCUCAUCACCAUCAUGAUCAGCUGCUUCCUCCUGUACUCGGUGUACACCCAGAUCUACAAGGGUCUGAUGACCUACAUCGUCUGGGUCUUUUUCUACGAAGUUGCAAACAUCGUAAUAGAAAUCAUCACCAACAAUGACGACAGAAUCAUCGUAGAGGUCAGAGCCAUGCGCUGGUUUGGCUUGGUGACCCGUGUACUCAUGCACUGUUUCUGGAUGUUCUUUGUCGUCACCUACACCCGCAUAUGCUACAAAAAUCAGAGACCGAGCAAUAUCAUUUCCUACAACAGACGCCUUUCUAUGACCAGCGGAGACUCUCUGCGGCAGAAACCAAAACUUCAUCCACCACCAUAA